UCAAAAAAUUUUGAAGAACUCUUGGACUUUGAAAAUGAAUGUGAAUCUGAAAAUAUGGAAACAAAUAAUCAGCAAAAAACUGGUAGAAAUAACAAAAAAUGCAGCAAAAACUCCAAAAAACUUGAUUUAAAUAAAAUAGCCGAUCAAUUAAUUUUAAUUUCAAAUGUCAAGCCACCAGGACAAAGUUGGAUAUGGGGAUACUUCGAUCAAUAUGAACCAACUGAACAAUAUAAAAGAAUUGUAAGAUGUUUAGUUCAAGUUCAAUGGAAAAAUGGUGUAGAAUCAUAUGAAUACUUUAUGGGAUCUGAUAGUUCUACUGAUGAAAUAAUACGAAACAAUCCAGAUAUUAAGAAUCGUCAAAAUCGAAAGUUUGUUAGAAUUUUAAUUAAAGAUAAUCAACUAAUUAGUUUAGGUAAUAAUGAAGGAUUUAUUGAGUUUGUGUAUGAAUUAGAUCCAAAUUAUCAAUUUCCAAGUGAUAAAACUAUACAACAACUAUUAGCUGAAUCAUAUAAUCAAAUCAAAGAUAAUUUAGAAAAUAAUUAUGAAUAUCUUCAGAUGAUUGCUAAUGUUGAAACAAGAUGGAACUCCAGUUAUCUUGCAUGGAAACGCUUAAUAAAAAUUAAGGAUCUCAUUGAUAUUUUGGCAUCGACUAUGAUGAUUGAUCCUGAUUCUUCGACACGACGAGAUGGUAAACGACUAAAAAAUAUAAAUUUAACAGAAGCUGAAUGGCAAGAAAUAAGUAAAUUGAUUAUAAUUUUGGAAGAUUUUGCUGGAGCAACUGAAAUUUUAGGUGGAAAGAAAUAUACAACUAUUAGUUUAAUGUACAGUAUAUUAGCAGUAAUUAAUCAAAAAUUAAUACCAGAUGAUAAAUCUUAUGUUGAGAUUAUAGAUUUAACAAGUCUGAAUAUAGCCUUUAAUGAUGAUGUUGGUUAUGAAGAUGCAUUAGAAGAUGAACCAAUUACUGAACAACCUAAACGCAGAAAAAUUAAUAUUAAUAUCCCACAAGACUGCAACAAUCUUACAAAUCGUAUUAAAAUGGCAUUAUAUAAAUCAAUGAAUCAUUAUUAG